AUGUGGGACACUCAGCAGUAUAAAGCUCCGCCCCCUCAUCAGAGCCACACCUACGGCAGGUCUGAGUGCAGGGCCACGUGCGCACCUCACUCACACAGCAGGCGCUCUCAGGGUGAAGAGGGUGGAGCUCUGUAGUCUGUAAUUGACCUUUUUUGUUCAGCAGGGUCUCUUGAGUGUCAGCCAUAAUAAGAGCUGUUUCAAUUCUUCUAACGAUGAGGAAAGGAGCCUCAUUGCUUCCUUUAUUACCUCCUUUAGGAUACAAUGGAGCAUGCAUGGAAAGGAGGGAAGGAACUCUCUGAGCCAACUUUAUUUAAAGUUACUUUGCAGAGAACAAACUAUGAGAGCUGCUGAUCUGAAUCCAAAACCCUGUAUAGAUUAAUUAUUUUAUUUAAUCAAACUGGUGAUUCAUCUGGAUGAAUAUAAGAGGAGAGGAAGAGCUGAGAGAUAUAAUCAACCCAACAAACACUUAACCUCAACAUUUAGAAACUCAGAUUUUUCCUGUUUCAUUCCAACUUCACAUCAGUUUACUUUCUUAUUAAAAUGGUUAAAGUUGAUUCUGCUGUUUUUAUUAUGUUAAUGAUGGAAUAUAAUCACCCGUCCAUCAUAGAUGAAAUCAAUCAAUAAAUAUCUGUAGAGAGUUAUGUGUACUGUUGAGAAUUUCACAAAUGAUGAGCCAGUGGAAGCUGUUAAGUUUGAUUUUAUGUGGUUUCUUCUCAUGUUAACAGCCUCUCUGAAGCUUACAGGAAUUAUGAUCAUUAUGAAAAUUGAUCAAUUAUGAUCAAGGACAUACUUCACCAAAUUUCUGCUAUUAAUGUGUCUUAAGUCAGUUUAUGCGUCUGCAUUUCUCUGACGGUGUUUCUCUGUGUUGGUGUUUCUUUGGAGAUUCUCUGAUCUCUUGCUCCUUCUUCAGCGGCCAGGCUCUGAAAGUUUCUCUCUCACUUUGCAGCUGAUUUGUGAGCUGCUGAAUAAACUGCAGUAAUAAUCUGAACUCAAAGGUGUCACUCUGUUUACGUUACAGCAGAUAUAGAGCCUCUCAGACUGUGAUCAUAUAAACUACAUGAACACUCCCCUCUGAGUUACAGCGCUGUAGUUCAAACAAUGUGAUCUACAGAGCAGUACAAUAAAACAUUUUCCUAUUUACGUCCUAUUCUGUGUUACAAACCAGGUGUCAGAUUCAACUUUGACUCUGAGGAGUUCAGUCGGACGUCUUUUCUGUAAGACCUUUUACUGAAGUUUGAAUCAACUGUCAGUUAAACAGACUGACCAAAAGUGUCUCAGAUUUGCACUGUAUAUGAAAAAUUAAUAAACUAUACAGCCAAACUGUCUGUACCCUAAAUAUUUAUAAAGUCCUGCACCAUCAUAGCUGAUAUAAGUGAUGAAUUCUCAUAAACAAAGUCUGGAUGUGCCUUUAAACUGGGCCACUUUCUUUAAAAAUCACUGCAUAGAGGAUAAAGAGAGCUUAAUAGAGUUAAAACACACUCAAUAUCAACAGAUAUUCAGCAAUGAUUAGACUUUGAACCUAAAAAAUAUGUGGACAUAAAGACAGAUAUAUGACCUCAGAUUUGAUAUCUUAUGCUCUAGUCAUGCCAUUGCACACAGCUGUGUUUCUACAGCUGCUUAUAAUGGACAAACUAGUAACAUAUGAGUUUUUGUGAAGAAAAGAGGGAUUGUACUGAUGAAUAUUUUUGGACAGAGCAUGAAUCACAGAGCUUUGUGUACUCAAAGGUCACCAUAGCCUCAUUAACAGAGGAGUGAGCAAGGGGGCAUUACAAUGUAAAAUCUGACUGUUAGGUGAACAGCACAGACUGUGCCUUUAAAAAUACAAACAGAUGCACCUCACUGAUUAGAGGAGUGAUCAAGAGUGCAUUUAAACCCAACUGUUAGAUAUGGUUAAAUAUUACAUUUCUACACAAUAGACUUUAAAUUCUGAUGCAAAACUGACCUGCUCUUAUGUUUCUCAAUUGGAUUAAAUUGGAUUAAGAUGUGAGUCACACUGUAAAAAGCAAGAUCUGAAUUUCCCUUAUGGGAUCAAUAAAGUUCUUUUUGAAUAUAUCAGUCUGAAUAUAUACUAUGUUAAUGCUUAAGGUUAUGUCUGUCUUAUCCUCCUCCUUACUGCUGUCACUGACACAUUUAUACCCACUCCAUGUUUGCUCAGCAACUGGUGAACUGAUGUGAUGGUGGGCUCUAAUUCAUGCAGUGAUCAGCUGUUAUCAGCACUGAGAGGACACCUCACAAUUAGUGUGAUUCACCACUGACCCCCUGUCCCUGUGGACAAACCGCUCCAUGAUUUAAACACCGACCUGUAGACUGAGAACAAGCAGGGACUGUGCUGGGGUCCAGAGUCAGGACAUCAUUCACAGAGACACAGAUACAGACCCAGACAUAGUCAUGCUCUUUCUUUGGACAAAUCUCAUUGGUUUAUUCACACUGUUUCAGUCCUGAAAGUCCAUUCAGUCAGUAACAAACAGAAACAAGCAGGUUUCAUUGGAUUUUUCCUCACAGAGAAGCUCAGAGCCACAGUUCCCCCUCAGGCCCCCUCAGAUCAACCAAACAAUGUUUAUGUAACAGAGAGAGGAGCUGUGAUUUACUGAGAGAGAGACGGCUGCUGCAGGUCAGGGUAAUGAUCAUAAAUAAGAGAGCGAAGAGGAGGAGGAGGAGAAAGAGUUAGAGAGAGCGGGUGAUCAUCAUAACAUGUCUGAGGAUGGAUUUAAAUUCCUUCAGCUGAGGAUAAAUACUACAGUUACUCUUAAAGUCUGAUUUUUUAUUUCCUAUUUUCUUUAACAGGAGAUUUUGAACUUGUAAACUUAUUAAAGGAAUCACUGAAACCUCAUACACAGGCUCAGUUUGGAGAUCACGCACACAACUGGGUUAAUAAUGUUGUCCAGCAGGGGGCGACUCCGGACUGAAAAUUUUAGUGAAUCCAUAAAAGAGGCAAAUACAAAGUGUUUUUUCUGUCUUUGGAAAUAGUUGAGUAUUUAUUUAAACUUGUGAUAAGUUUUUUCACAAUUAAAAAAAAGUUUAAAAAAUCAUAUUGAUGCUUUUAUUUUGAUAUCCUAAAACAAACAUAACCUUUGGUAACAAGACUGAUGAGAGCUGACUGACUUCUGUGAUUUUAAAAGUCUGAAACCAGCUGAGGAAGUUGGUGUCACCUGAGCAGCUGUCAUGGCCGUCUCAUGUUCGAAGGAUGUCAUCAGCAUCACAGAGGGUAUAAAUCACAUCCCUCUCAACCUCACCUGAGGCUCAUCUGUGCUCAGGCACCAGCAGGAUCAGCUGUGUCCUCACUCACCUGAGAGGAGGGUUCCAUACUAAAGAUCUGUCAAAGAUCUGUAGAGGUGUUUCAAAUCUGUUUUAGCUUUAAAGAGUUAAAGUCAGCUCAGCCCACACAGUGAUAGAUGACAGGCUUGACCUUUGACCCCCCGCACACACUCCUCUCAUAGUCACCUGUUGAUCUCUCUGUACACGUGACUCUAUCUGAGAUGAGGAGUUAUCACCACCUCUGCUGCAAAGCACUCUGGGUAAGCCUCUGUGGUAAUAAAGUGAUGCACACUGCUCUGACCUGUUGAUUCUCUGUUUAAAUGUUAAACUGUGCCCUCUGGUGGAUAAAACCAACAUCACAAGAUGAUAUGAGGACAAUUCCAGAUUUUUAUCGGAGGAGAGGAGGAUCAUAACACUGCAAGAUUAACACUAAAAUAAUGAUAACGUUACAGUUUACUUGCCCUUUUAAAAGCUAGACCAGAAUUAAAUAUUAAUUUAACCCAAAUCUAAAGAGUCAGGAACCUGUGUGAAAAUAGAAUAAAGUUUACAUUUAACUGAGAUAGAGGAAAAAAUAACAAAUCAAAUAUGGAAACUAAACAUGUUUGAUUGAUAAGAAAUGCAUCUGCUCAUUUUAGAUUUGAUGUUUGUAAAAGUAGUUUGAGGUUCAUGUUUCUCAUCAUGUGUCCUCAGCUCUUCUUUUCCCAUCCCUCUGUAAACGUUAGUGAACCCAGUAGACCAGUUUCUGGAGUUUGAAAGUGAAAUGUUGUCCCAUUCUUGCCUGAUAGAGGAUUUCAGCUGCUCAACAGUUCAGAGUCAUUUUUAUCAUAUUUUAUUUAAUUCAUGAUCCUCCGAAUGGGGGACAAGUCAGGACUUCAGGCAGACCAGUUUAUCAGCAGGACUCUUCUACUACAGAGCCAUGCUGUUGUAAUCCCUGCAGAAUGUGGUUUGUCAUUGUCUUGCUGAAAUAUGAAGGUCUUCCCUGAAAAAGUCUUUGUCUGGAUGUCAGCAGAUGUUACUCCUAAACCUGUUUAUUCAUAUUGUUCAGCAUUAAUGGAGCCUUCACAGAUGUGGAAGAUACCCAUGACAUGGACUCUGAUGAUCCCCAUACCAUCAGGGAUGCUGGCUUUGGAUUGGAAGCUGAGAGCAAGCUGGGUGGUCCUCUGCUCUUCAGAGAGGAGAAUAUAGUGCUCAUGAUUUCCAAAAAAGAAUGUCAGAUUCUGAUUCACAAGUCUCAUGAAGUUACAGUAAAGAAAAUCUCUGAACCGAUGGAGUUAACUGUUUGAUAAAGACUCUAACCCCAAGAAGGAAUUGUUGGUGAUCACUUAUCAACACAGUGACUUAGACAGCCCAUUUCAUCAAUCAUAAAAAACACUAAAACUUGUUGAAUGUCAAACAGUCUCACCUACACAUCCAACUAGAGAGCUGUUAAAUGAAAAAGUUUAUUUCUCGUUGUGCCUUACAGAGAGAAGACAAACAUCUCCUUGGUAAAGGUCACUCAGCUGUUCUGAUUUAAUCUGGAGGUGAAGGUAAGAAUGACACACCACGCAAACACUUCAGCUAUCUUCAGCCAGAAUAAAGAAAUACCAUCCGUGCAAACACAGCUACUGUCUCAUGGAUGUUUUUGACUCUGUCCUGCAGGGUCUCUGCAGCUGAUCUUUGCCUCUGUGUCAGUGUUUCUGCACGCCAUAUAAGCAUCGCCUAUGGUGUACUGUUUUUGUUGAUGUCUGUGUCUUGUGUUUGAGUGUCUCAGGUCCGAUCCAUCAUGGAGCAUCUAGAAGUUUCAUCCUAGAGCAUCUAGAAGUUUCUCUUACAAUCCAACUGUACUCUUCAUAUUUUUUGCUUUUUAGACAUGCUCAGCAGUUACUGUGCAGAUAUUUGUGUUUGCAGUGUCAGCAGGGAGUGGCUGUCUGAGCAGGACAAUGAUGAUGAUGAUGAUGAUAGUGAUGGUUAUGAUGAAGGUGCUGUGUGAACUUGUCUGGCCAGUUAUAAGGAAUCUGGUUCAAGAAUCCGGAAAUGACAUUUUUCACAUCGAGAAAACACAGUCUGAUCUCUUAGACAACGUGUCUCUAUUCUCUAUUGUUUCCACAGAUUUACAUACCAGACCCACAGAGAGCAACUCGCCGCACCCUGAGUGGACGCCACGAACCAAUGCUACCUCUGAUAUGAAGUUUAUUAAAGACAGACUCUGAGGUUAUUAUCCUGGUAUCAAACCUCUCAGUAAGGUCAGAGAUGACAUUAAAGCUGGGGAGUUUGUCCUGCUUGCUCUCAUGCUCUUAGGGUCAUUAAUAAUGUUAAAGUGGUAGUUUAUAUUCUUUGAUUAUAAUCCUGUAAGAGGAAUCUGUCUGUCUCUGUGUCUGUGUCAGCUCUCCAGGAUCCUCUACUCUGUUUAUAACAGGCGGUUUGGUCCCGUAUCCCUGCAGGCCCUCAGGAGCCGGUCUGGCCGGUUUUGUGGGAUUUCAGCAGAACAGGAAUAACGAGGGAGAACUUGCCCGGGCCUCAGUGUUUGUGUUCCUCAAGGGGACGAGCGCUCCGACCGGUUUUCUGGGGUGGAGAGAUGAUAGAGAGAGGGGGAGGGAGGGUGUGGGGCAUUCUCCCUCACCUCUCUCUCUCUCUUUUAUCGCUCUGUCUCUCCCUCUGUCUCCGUCUCUCUAUCAGUCCACCUGAAGAGCUGCACGCAGCGCUGCAGGAGUCCUCAGCUGAACCAGGUAAGUUAUUGAUCACUAAUCAAGGGUUACCUGAGGGGGGAGCUGAUUGGCUGACAGGUGGGCAGAGGAGGUGAGGGUAAGGAGCCGGGGGGCAGGGACACCGGGAUCAAUCAGACCUUUAUUCCUGUUAGAGGGAGGGCAAGAGAGAGAGAGAGAGAGAGAGAGAGAGAGAGAGAGAGAGUGUGUGUGUGUGUGUGUGUGUGUGUGUGUGUGUGUGUGUGUGUGUGUGUGUGUGUGUGUGUGUGUGUGUGUGUGUGUGUGUGUGUGUGUGAAGGGUGGAGCACCUACACAAGUGGAACAGGCUCUUUGAUAAUCAGAAUAUAAAGCUGGACUGAUAUCAGAUUUUCACCUCAGGAUCUGUCAGCAUUUGUUGUGAGAAACUCUAUAUAAUAAGUUCAUUUCAUAUAAAAAAUCAAAUAUGAAAUAUCAGAAUAAUCAUGGCUGUUGGUCAGAUUAAAGGAGGAACCACUGUUACUAAACUUUACAGUUAGACACACGCUGUCUCUUUUUUGUGUCAUCAUUUUUAUCUAAUGAUGUUUAAAGUUGGGUUUUAUCUUCACCUGUGAAUUAUUCUCUGUUAAACAUCAUCCGUCUGAUAAAAAAACUGUUCAGGUUACUCACUUCAGGUCAAGCUUAUAGACUGUAUAUACCAUAGACAAUUUGGUUCCACUUUCAGCCAGUAUACGGAUUUGUAGCUGAAAAGCUCUCGGUAGUUCCGCAUUUUUUCUCCAUUUCCUGAAACCAACAUUGCGCAGUAGCGUUGUAUGCACUCCACCACUUGCGCAGAAGCAUUAUACGCAUUUGGCGGAAGAGUCGUCAAGAGUCGCUGUGAUGACGCUCGACUCAAACAGCGUAUCCCCUGGUGAGCUACACAAUCUACGUAUAGGCUGUAUCAAGUGUCAAUCAUAGAAAACAUGAACCCCCUAAUAACUUUAAAAAAUGGAGCUGUACAGAAAAAAAGAGGACUUGAGCACAAACCAGUGCAAAAUAACUACAUGUCAACAUCACAACCAGGGGGUGAAAAAUUCAUAUUCUUUGUCAUUAAUUUCUAAAGUUUGUCCACAGGCCCAUAAAUUUUGCUGGCGGAGGCAGGAUUUAUGACCUAUACUGCAGCCUGUCACCAGAGGGUGCUGUUCUCACGGUGGCUUCACCCAGUGAGGAGGCAGAUGGCGUACAUUCUAUAUAAAGUCUAUGGUCGAGCUCCUGGCUUUCCUCCUGAUCAGCGCUGCAUUUGUAGCCUCACUUUGUGAUCAAGUCGAGCCAACUGCUGACCGAGUCUUCUUUCUCUUUUGGUUUCAUGGUGGCUGACGACCAGCGUAAAGACCCUUUACUGCCCCCUACAGUGAAGCAUGCUUCACUGUAUUAGCAGGAUAUCAGUGUUUCAUUCUUCAAAAGGAGAGAUUAUUGUUGAAAGCUCUGAAAAUCCCCCACUGAAUGAAAUACAUCAUUGUCAUUCUACCACUGAUAGAAACCAAAAUCUUAGUUAGUUAUUAGUGAUGCAUUUUAGCUGGUCAUCAUCUUGUCUCCUUUACGUAAAAAAGGGUCAUUAAGGAACUUUUAUCGUUACAGUUUUCUUCAAUGAAAUUAAUUUUAGCUGUGACUCACAGUUUUUCUCCUCUUAAAUGAAUCAGCUUUUUACAAUCGACUGGAGAAUCUUUUAGUCUAUCAAACACCAGAAAUGUUUCCUUUGGUUAAAUCCUCAGAUUUUUCGUCCGCAAAAAAAUACAAAAAGCUGCAGCAGCAAUUUCAAACAUUUAAGAAACUGAAACUUUUGAGUUGUUUGACAUUUUUGCUUUAAAAAUCACCAUCUGAUCUCAAACUAGCUAAUAUUUGGUGUGUUUUUUUCUAUGCUCAGUACUUGAUCAAUCAGCUUCCUCUCUGUCUUGUGGUUUGAAGUUGCUUAUAAAGUAAUCUUUGACCUUUGACCUUCUACAUGAACUUACAAUGACACUCUUCAGUUUUCAGAGCCUCCAUCUGCUCACACCUUUAGCUGGUUUUCUGUGAACAAAUGUCCCAGCUGAAGGGCGAGCUUACAUUAAAAACAUGCAGCUGGUUGUUAUCUACAUCACCUGCAUGUUUCUGGAUAGGUGUGGUAUCUAUGGCUGCAUAUUUACACACAGCCUGCCUCUACCUACACCAUGAUACACAUGUCAGAGAAAGAGUUUUAGGAUAAACUCAUCUCAAUCAGGGGGGUUAGAUUUCUCAGAAGGGUUCAGGUUUCAGUUCGUAGACUGGGCAGCCCUGACCAAUCAGGUGUCUGUCGGAGAAAUAGUCUGUAUGGAGAGCAAAAGCAGGAGGAACACAGUCGUCCAUAAUGACCUCCAGCUCCGGUGCUUGGUAAUCUGAGGAGGAUUUCCUUCUCUGUAUAAACAGAUAUCUGCAUAAAGGUCAGCUACCAAUCUGCUCUGGACACUAAUUUGACUGAUGCUGAGUCAGCAUGUAGAUUUCCUGACUUUCCUGAAUAUUUUAUAAAUGAUGGAUCUGACCUCCGUUUAACAAACAUGUUCAAAGUAGUUUUCUUCUCCUCUUGAAGACCCGACAAAGCAAGACUUUGGACUUAUCUUCACCAUGAUGUUAUUUCAGCAAACCGAAGACCCAAUAAUGAGGAGAACAUCAGUUUCUGCUUCAGGUUCAUACUGCUGAAGGAAGCCAAAGUGAAGCCUCUGAGGGACUUUCAACAGGGAAACUGAUCAUUUAUCAUCAGAUAGGAGAGGAAUCAAAUGAAUUGCAUUUUUCAUUUUGGUGUGAUCACAUCCUCACGUCUUGAGGUGUUAAUUGGACAGUUGAUGCAGCGUGCUGUUCGAUGUUGUUUGUUGCUAAAUAAGUGGAGACACUGGGUUGGCUGAAACAUCUUCUCCUACAAAUGUUAAAUGGUUGUGAAUGAGUUCUGAGAUCAAAAUAAAUAUACCAAAUUUACCAAGUUUCAUAUCUGGAGUAGCUCCCCUUGUGACCAAACUACCCCUGACCUGAACUCUGUAGACCUCUGAAGGUGUGCUGAGGUAUCUGCACUCAAACAUCAGCAGCAGGUCCUCAGUGUGUGAGCCAGAGCCUUAAUUGACUCUGUACACUGUGAGGAUAUUUCACAGCUUGGACAGUGAACCUGAGUCUGCAUCCCUACGUGGAGAUUGAUCAGAGGGAUUUAUGAGCACCCGUUCACUCAUGUAGAGAGUGUGUUCCUCAUCCAGCGUCAGUCAGUCAUCAGGUCUGAGGUUUCUGAGGUCCUGCUUCAGGUGAGCUGGAGGUGUGAUCUCAGGUAAAAGUGAGGUUAGGGUUUGAUUUGGCAAUCAAUAUAUGCAACAAAGAAAUCUGCAAAAACAAGUGUGUGUGUGUGUGUGUGUGUGUGUGUGUGUGUGUGUGUGUGUGUGUGUGUGUGUGUGUGUGUGUGUGUGUGUGUCUACAGACAGGUCUUUUCUUGCUCACAGGCUGAAUGGGAACAGUCGCUCAGCUGACGGAUCCUGACAUGUUCAAAGUCUGAUCAAACUGCUGACACUGUUCACUGAAAGUGUGAGUGUGUGUGUGUGUUUAUAACUGAUGGUGUGUGUAUAAGGGAAAGUAAGCUGUGUUUAUGUUAACAGACACAGCAGCUCUACCACUGCAGAGCUCCAGAAUUGACCCUUUGGGGGAUGUCUAGACUAAUGAAGAGCAAGAAUCACAAACUUUCUGUCAACUCAGAAUGAGUCUUUAUAUCUACAGAGGAGCAGGUCCUCUUCUACAGAGCACACCACCAUGUUUCUACAGGAGCACAGAACAGACAAACUCGUGACACUGAGUUUUCGUAUUUUGUGAGAGACUGCAUGAGAUACAAGAUCUGAUCGAAGAGUGGCAGUAUGGGAAGACUGUUUUAUUGUCCUCAAAGGCCCCUGUAGAUUCAUAAAGAGAGGGGACACAUCAGACAGGCACCUUUAUAAGACCACAGCUAUCCUUUCACAAAAGUCUCCAAAAGGAUCAGAGUCAUCUGUGCAGUAAUGUCUAUAAAGAGUACAGAAGGUAACACUUGUUCUGUGCUGCUAGAGAAACCAGAGGUGCGAGAUGAUGGCCUCACUGUUAGAGGAGACCUGAUCACCAGAGGUGUAAAGACUCCUUUAAACUUCAUCAUUAAGGUAGUCAGCUGAUUUUACACUGACUUAGACAGACUGAUGAAUUAUUAUUUUUAUGCAGAACAGAAUAGAAUAGAUUAGAAUAGAAUAGAAAAGAACAUAUAUAUAUAUACUGUAUAUUUAAAGUGGAUUAGAUUAGAUUAGAAUUGACAAGAUAAAAUUAGUUUAGAUUUUCCUAGAUUAGAAUAGAUUAGAUAAAUUUAAAGUAGAUUAGAUAAGAAUAGGAUAGAAUAGGUUAAAUCAAAUUAGAUUAGAUACAUUUUGACAGUCUGAUUUUUAACUUUAUUACUGAUACCAUCAGUGCAGUUUGCAGACUGUUUAACAUCUAAAAAGUUGUUUUCAUUUACAAUUUGUGUCAUGAAAUGUUAUAAAUUUUCUCUCUUGUCAAUGUUGUCUUUUAAAGUAAGUCUUUGCAUGUUAGGUGGAAAACGUGUCUCUGUAUUUCGUUUUGCUUUAUUUCUUAAAUGAAAGCUGCUCUAAAGAUGAGUAUCUAUAGAGAGUUUCUAAUUGUCAUCAUACGAUGCACACAUACUCUAAUCUCUCUCUCUCUCUCUCUCUCUCUCUCUCUCUCUCUCUCUCUGUCUCUCUCUCUCUGUCUCUCUCUCCCUCCCUCUCUAUGUAUGUAGUGUGUGAAAGUUGUUUUUCAUGUCUUUGGAACUUAAACUGCAAACUGAAGCCCUGAGCCUGCAGGACCGGUCAGACCGGCUUAAUGUUCCUGAAAAAUAAAAACUACAUUUUCUCCCACAUGAAGCGGGGCAGGUUAUCAGAGUGCGCACACACACACACCCACACACACACACACACACACACACACAGAGUCCGCGGGCUAUAACGUACAGGCACAAACUCUUGAUUUAUUGUUGUCUGAGCCUGUCUGCUGUGAGUGCUGGUGUUCAGGUGCAUUUAGAGACAUGAAGGGUCAGGUCUGAAUAUAUCUGAAAUACUUGGUCUAAAAUCUUUAGUGUAACUCUCUAAUGAUCACAUGCGCUUUAUCUUUCAGUCAAAGGUCAAAGGUCAGCAAAGUGAUGGAGUGUUUUAACAGCCUCCUCCUGAAGCUGAGGGAGGUCCACGAGCGGGAGUUGGAGGGUAAGUAGAGCCAUGACACUGGACAGAGGGUUAUAUGUAUGAACUCAUCUGAAACAUCUGAUGUGGUUAGAUGAACCCAAGUAUGAGACCUGUAACACUGUGGGACCCAUGACACUUACCUGUAACACCUGUGGCACUGUGUUACCUAUGACACUUUGAUACCUGUGACACAUGUUACACCAAUGACAUCUGUGACACUGUAAUACCUGGGUCACGUGUAACACAUGUUACACCAGUGGCUCUGUUAAAUCUGUUACACAUGUUACAACCGUGACACCUGUUACACCAGUGAUUUCUACAGUAUAUCUGACCAGCUGUUUUUUGUUGUUUCUUUGUUUUGUGUUGGUUUUUUUUUGUGUGUGUGUGUGUGUGUGUGUGUGUGUUGUUCUUUUGUUUUUUAUGUUUUGUUGUGUUUAUGAAUUUUUUUGGCUUUUGUGUUGUUUUGUUGUGUUUUUGUGUUGUUUUGUGUUGUUGUUGUGAUGUUCAGUUUGGCAGAUGAAGAUCCAGGAGUUGUCUAAUAAGAAAGGCUGGUGAGUGAGAGCCUCUGUACUUGGUUUUAAAUGAGCUCCACUUGAGCAGACAACAUCACUAUGGCCCAGCUCACAUGCUGAUUGUAAAAUUUACAACAUAUUUUAAUCACAGUGACACAAAGCGAAUGGAAGAACUGUUCACUAAAAACCAGCAGAUGAAAGAGCAGCAGAGGUUACUGACUGAGAACAUCAAGAGUCUGGAAAACAGGUAAUUAUAAUCCAUCACAACACCUGCAUGUGUUCUUGUUGUCUCAAGCCGCAACAACUAGUCUAAAGAAAUGAGGCUAAAGACGAAGCAGGUUUACGGCCUGGUUCAAAAACAGUUUCAUCCUGAAUAGUUCAGAGCUUCCCUGACAUCCACUGUACAUGAGAGAAAUGUUUUAGUAAUGUGUUCAUUUUGAAGUUAUUACCAGAUUAGCCAAUCAGAAGUACAGCAGACUUGACCAUGAGGGUUAGGACAUGGUAGGGAGACAGUUCAGUGUGCUAGAUUUACAAUAAGUACUGUAUAUACAGCUUAUAUUACUGGGAUUAGGGACUUGCUGAUGAUGUGUGGUUUUGUCGGCAGGUUGAGGGCGGGGCUUUGUGACAGGUGUACGGUGACUCAGGAGGUGGCGAAGAGAAAGCAGCAGGAGUUUGAAGCCUCUCAGAUGCAGAGCCUUCAACACAUGUCUCUACUGGGUAUCACUAAUUCAAACCCUUAUCCUCUCAUCUCUAUCACAGUUCAUUUUAUACUGUUAAAAUCCCUGCUUUGGCUCUGGACCUCUGAGUUUCAUUCUAACACAUUUAGAUCCAUCUUUCUUUUAAAUAAACACUUGUUAACAGCAUCAUUUGUGUUUGCUGAUCUGAAGCUACAGAGAUGAACAACCUGAAGAAGGAGAACAAGAGGCUGAGGGACGAGAUCCGGACCUUAAGAGCAGCUCUGGAGUGAGAAACUCUGACUUAUUAUUAAUUUAUAAAUCUUUGUCUGCCAUCUUUGUUUUGAUUUGUUGAUCAAUCAAUCAGAGGCUGUAUCUGUGAUCAGCUGAUCAAAUUAAUAUGGUAAUUUAAGAAUUUCUUCUUAAAAGUUUGAAAUAGUUUGACAGCCAGUUUUCAGCAACAAGAUUAUACUUUUGUUACUGACACCUUAACAGUUAGAUGUUAUCUUGUAAUUACAAUGUGUGUGUGUGCGUGCGUGCGUGCGUGCGUGCGUGCGUGCGUGCGUGCGUGCGUGCGUGCGUGUGUGUGUGUGUGUGUGUGUGUACAGCAAGGGUCACAGUGACCUCUCCUCCAGCAGUUCUGAGGUUAAAAUCAGCAGCCCCUCUGACCGCUCCCCCUCCUCUGGACCUGUCUCCCUCGUCUCCAUGGCAACCGGCAGGAGCAGCAUCCAGCCAGCAGAAGGCAACGUCUCAGUAAAAACUGAGGUAGAGCCCAAAAGUGAAGGUGAGGAGGAAGGGGAAGAGCGUUUGUCUGCUUUUUAUUUGAUUUGGAUUUUAAUAAGUUUGUGUUUUUAUCAGCAGAGAGCGAGCACAGACCAUGGAGAGGGGUCCACAGAAACCACCUUGUAAGUUUAGUCAUCUACUAAAACAGACCUUUAACUUUUUACUCCUAAUAAAUUGUGAAAUGAAAUAGGUUUCCCUCUCUACUGUUUUCAGGGUAAGAAAGUUGCAGUUUAAGGCAAUAAGAUUGUUUUUAUACUUCUUAUUUUAUAACUUCUUAAUUAAAUCAUAGAAAUGGAUUUUCUUUUUCAAAGUAUAGACUCUUCCUUUAGAUUUAUAUGACAUAUAGAUGAUAUAAAGUGAAAACUAUUCAUUUCUGUGUUGAUGUUGUGUGAACUCUCUUAGGAGUCGUAUAAGCCUCUGUCCUCACCGGGCUGGAAACCAGAGCAGCAGAGUGUGAGCCGGGCUACAGAGAGAAGGUUAGACUGAGUUUAUACACAGAGUUUAGUUUGUCAUUAAUGUAUUUGAAAGUGUGUCUCACUGUUUUGUGUGUGUGUGUGUAACAUUGACGCCCUCUGUUGGGAAGGUUGAGGGGUGCACUUUAUGUUGUGUUGAUAUGCUGAAAAGUUCUGCUAAGGUUUGUUUAAGUGAUUUUCUGUGACAGCGUUAGUUAUCUAUUUGAGAGACCCUCGAACGAUCAUUUACUGUGAAACUGAGACUCAGGAGAGACAGAAGGACAGGUGCUCCACAGCUGAAACAGAGCACUGGUAGUUGGGUGUCAAACUGUGAAAUCCCGGUCUAGAUCUCAGCUAAUAGGUCAUCAAACUGGGACCUGAUCCUCAAAGAGCAUGCAGCAGCAGGAAAGUUCAUCCAGACACAGUUUAUAGAGGAGAGAGCAUUAACCAGCUGAGAGAGGGUCCAGGGUAUGAAUCUAGUUGUGUCUCACAAACAUGAUUAAUCAAAUGUUCGUUAAUCAAUGACUGAUUAUGUUUUAUUUAUUUGGAUCCUCAUUAGCUACUACCUAAGUAGCAGCUUCUCUUCCUGGGGUCCGCAAGAAGACAGUAAACAUUUGUAUCGAGAUGUUAAAAUCAAAACUGAAACAAGAGUUAUGACGACAUUACAUUUCUAAUUACAACAGACAACAAUAAAGGCCAAGAUAGGUGUACUAGUAAUUAAAAUCUCAUUGGUAUGUAUUGUAUGUUGUCACAGCCUCGUCUAGGUUCCAGUCCAAUUAUUUGGUUCCAAAUAUUAGUUCAUCUAAACAUCUAAACCUCCUCUUGUUCCUCCUGAUUUAGAUCUCAGGGCGUUGAAGGACUAGACCACAGAUCCCUCAUCCUUCCUCAGGUGGUUCCUCUGAAAAACUGCUCUUCAACAUCCAUAGGAGAUGUGAGCCCCAGCAGACAUGUCCUCCACCCGUCUAUCCCCUGUCGUCCUCAGCCAAUCAAAAGCAGCCCUGUGUCCCUCAACUGGCCUCUGUCUGAGCCCGCUGACUGGGGCUCUGCUCCAGGAUCCAUCCUGGUGAUGCCUCCCUCCCCUAAGUCCCACCCUCUACGAUUCCCUAGCCUGAUCCAGAUGGGUCAGCCUGGCAGGAAGCAGGCUUUCGGGUCUCUGUGGCCCAAACAGGGUGCCCCGAAACCACCCACCAAAGAACCCACAGUGCUGUUCAGACUCAGGGGUCUGCCCAACCAAUCAGACAGCCCCUCCAGACCCCAAGAGAGGAAGGAGAUCCAGACAGCCAGGACAGAAAAGGGGUCUGCAGACGGGCUGAGAGAGGCGUGUGAGGGGCCUCUGGACCUAUCAGAGCGAGGGAAGACCAAACCCAACCAGACCGCCAGAGAUUAUUCACCUUUGACCUUAAGAGGAGAGCAGCGAGUUCAUGACAGUCCAGACAGGGACGCCAACCCAUCGGCACAGAGACCAGAACCAUCACCUGUGCCCCGGUCCUCCUCAUCCUCCUCUUCAUCACCAGCUAAAGUCCAGGAGGAGGAGCCCCCCACCAACCACGACUGCACAGUAACUACAGACCUUUAUUUCAAAGACAAGGGUCCACAACAGCAUAAACACACAUAUAUACAGUAUAUACACAUUUGAACACAAAUAUACACACUCCUUAGUACCCAAGGUAAACUUAUGUUUCCUGUCAGGAGCAGAGAGACGAACUUAACGGACAGACAGAGCAGAACAACAACAAGAAGGUUCCUAUCCUCACCUUAUCUCUACGCCCAGGUACAGAACUCACUCUCUUACCUUUUUGUGUCUUUGUGUGAAUGCUUAUCACACAUACAGGUGAGUAACACACCUGUCUCCUAUCUGUGUGUGUGUGUCACAGUAGUAGUGCUGGAGACUCUGAACUCUGCUCUGAAAAAACAGGACUCUACUUCAGACAGUAAGGUGAGAGAGAGAGCUCUGACAGAGCACAGACUCAGGUAAAUCUCACCUGAUGGUUCAGCCGUUUGCUCACCUGCUCCUCCUCUGACCCACACAGUCAUCCUCACCUGCAGCAGAGACAGGAAGCGGCUCUGACGGACAGGAGGAGGAGGAGUGUGCGUCCGGCCCUGAGAGUUACCGAAGCUGUAAGAGGAAGAGGACGUCUGCAGAGACAGAGACGGACAGAGACUCAGAGACGGACGGUGAGACGAAGAAGAAGAUGUACUCUUCUUCUCUGUUUUCUUUCAGACUUGACCUUUUAGUAACCCCCAAAAGGACAGACAUGAUGCUGCUCCUGUUUCAUCAUCUCAUACUGACCCUGUCACCUCCUCUGAUUUGUUUUUGGUCUCUGCAGAUGUCCAGUCUGAGAGGAAGAUCCAGAUCACAGUGAGGACAGAGGAGAGAAGCCCCAGAUAAGGAAGGAAACAGCACUUCAUCUAAAGCUGUCUUAACUGGCUUUACCACCAGGGGGCACUAGAAACAAGCUCUGAACACACAACCGAGAAUCAUCACCUGUAGCUUUUCUAUAAAACACAGACAGUGAUGAGGCAGAACCCUCAGACUUCUGCUCACAUUUAAACCAUCAUCCAUCACCAUCAGGUCUUGUCUUCAUCAUACAUGUUUCUGUCUAUUUUCAGUCUCACAUCUGUCUGUGAUACAAAUAAGCUUCAGUUUAAUUAGGACAGCGGUCUACACUAAACCCCCAGAACAGCACAAACUCACACUUUCUGAUUCACAGGUUAACACUUAUCGUGUGAGUUUCCUCCUGUGAAGGAUUCCUCUUCAGUUAAAUCCUCUCUCUCAGUUUGAACACUUUUGAACUCUGAACAGGAAGCUUCAGUGACUAUGAACACAAUUAAAACAUCUUAAUCAGACACACGACAACACAAAAAGACUUAUUACUGAUAAUAGACAGAUCUAUAUCUAAUAAUUCAGCAAACUGGAUCAUGAUAAUGAGGAGAACAUCACAAGAACAUCAGUUUCUGUUUCAGGUUCACACUGCUGAAGGAGGCCAGAGUGACGCCUCUGAGAGAUUAUUUACAGAGAAACUGAGACUCAGCACAGACAGAUGAAGUGGAGCCCCUCUGUGAGAGUGAUGAACUAAAACAUGAUAGUUUAUAAUACAAACGUACUGUCUGUGGAUGCUGAUUUCUGUUUGCCUAGUGACUGAUCACAUGAUCACUUCAGGAGUUCCUGAUUGGAUGUAUAUACUUUACAGAACAGACAGUGUUAGUAGGAAGUUUUUCAUGCCUACAGCCUGGUUUAGAUCUCUGUGUGGACUCUUUACUACACUGCAGUGGUCUGACUUCUACAGCUGGGUUCAAAAAAUCAUUUUUCCGAUUCAGAUAGAUUUUUUUAUCAAAUUUUUAAAUAUCGGUUCAUUAUCAAUCUUUUAUCACACACCCUGUCUCCAUGAAAGAAAGCGCUUAUAUUGUUUCUGAUUACUUUACAGCUUGUUUUUUAAGACUUCCUAUCAUAUUCAACAAAAACAGGUACUGUAGCUGAAACACCCCUCAAUGAAUCAAUAUAGAAUCAAACAAAUUAAAUCAAAUUGAAAAUUAAACUGAAUCGAAUCAGGGAUCUUGAUAAACGAAAUUGAAUAAAUCCAGGAAACCAGUGGCAAUACCCAGCUCUAAAUACUCAGUAGUAGUCUAAAUACAGCCACAGUGUAGUAGUUUAACUACACUGUGGCUGAGUCUGCUGUUAAAGGCACAGUGUACUUGUGUGGUAGGGGUUAGGGUCAGGGGCAUCCACACUGCUCUGUGAUACUCUACCAGUACAGUAGGGAGCCGUUUCCUCUUGAACGCGGUGCUUGUUCGUGCAGAAAGCUACGACAGAUGAGAGCUGUCAGUCACGUUUCUUUGUUCCACAGUGUCUCUCUAACCUCCCACAGUCCUGCUGAGAGUGUCAAACACUCGUCUUCAAACUGAACACAGAAAACCUGACUACACUGAGGACCAGAGCAGACCCUGACAGAAACUACAGAGACAUAGAGGGCUCAGAAAAUGUCUCAAUGAUUUAAAAGCCCUGAGCGUGUGAGCCGUCUUUAAAACUGAGUCACUGUUCGCUCAAAACACAGCAGAGUGUCAGGAAAUGACCAAAUAAAACAAACACAGCAGAGUUUGGAGGACAAAGAUCGUGGUCUGGUUUUAGUUCCUGAUUCUCUCAGCUGUUAAAAACCAUCUCAAGAUUUUGUGGUCCCACAGCCUCUCCCCUGUGUCUCUGUAUUUUUCUGGUAGUGUAUUCUGGGUAUUUCUUUCUCUUUCCUGGCAUCUCCGUCGAAACCCGGUUAUUUCUGUUCAGACCCCCCGCCCUGUUUUUUACUGACCAACUAAGAGAAAUAACUGCUUCCACUUCCUCUUUCUGGUUUUGAGAGUGCUGACAUAUUCUGCAACGCUUAACUUUCCACUCACAGCUGUGACCGAGUGUGUUACUGUGUGUGUUACUGUGUCUGUGUGUGUUACUGUAUAUGUGUUAGGCGGAUGGAGGUGAUAAACAGUGUUUGUUUGUAACUCAUCCUUCUCUCGUAGUCAGUGUGUCAUGAUGAGAAAAAUCAUAAAUUAUUGUCCGCUUAGAUAAUUGACGGUAUAAAAACUGUUUUUUACUGUAAAUAUCAGACAUUGUUCUCCCUUGUUUCCGCUCUGAUCACAGUCUUUGAUCCUGUGAGAGUGUGUGUGAGCUCUGAUGUUAUUCCAUUGAUUUCUAUAGUUUCCACUGCAGCUCUGUUUGUCCAUUGGAGUCCAUUAGGAGCAACCUUUCUUCGAUGUUCACUGACUAAAAUCCCUGACAGCUCUGGGUUGUUAAAAUGUGACUGACUUUGUCACGAUGAGCUUUGAUUUUGAUAAUCCAUCUGUCUGAAUGUUAUCACUUUGUGUAUUAAUACACUGCUCUCUGUAUGAUGCUAAAAUAAAUCUGAUUUCUGAAAUAAAAAGCUCAGAGUCUGGAUGAUUUAUUUCAUAUUGUUCUCAGAGAUUAUUAAAGAGCAUAUAGAUUUUCCUUCAUGCCCACAAAGUUGACCCCGACCUCACAGUCAUGAUACCACCACUCUCACGUCUAGAGUUGUCAUUGGCUAGUUUUCACAUCAUUAAUCACUCCUGAAUAGUAAAAAAAAAAAUCAAUAUUAUCACAUUGAUUAGAGCCCCCCCAAGGCACUGUUGUUAUACCGUGGAAUUUUUUUCUUAUACCUCUUCCGGACAAAUUUUGAUUCGCUACUGGUUCAACUGUUUGAAGAGUUGUCGGACAAAUUGUUGAUCAAAAAUGUGUGGUUUGAUCAGGAGUGGUGUGCUCUUACUUCUCUCUAUUAUGUAUGAAUUUUUCAUGACUUAUGUUGCAAAAAAAUGCAUAAACAUUUUGUAUUGAAGUCAAUGGGACAAGCCAAAAACAACAACAAAAAAGAAUUAUUGGGGUUUUUCAAACAUCUACUCCAGCUUCUUUUUUACUUUUUUAUUUUAUUUUAUUUUUUUGUUUGAAUAAAUUGUUGAAAAAGUAAUGUUUGCUGUAGGUGUGCUCCUUGUAUAAAAUAUCAAAACUCUACUAGUAUUAAUUAUUUAUAAUCACAUCAUAAUGUAGACAUCCCUGCAGUAGACCCAGUGGUCCUUCUAGUGUCUGCCUAUUAUUGGUCCAUAUGAUGUAAAAUUAAUAAAUAACAGUUCUGUGUUUAACCAGAGUCCAAUUCCAACAGGAAUCCUUCAUUUAAACAAUGAAGCCAACACACCAGUUGUAAAAACUGCAGUUCCUCUAGUGUCCACUAGAGGCUGACCCCUGAGGUGAAUCAGUCCCCAUAGAGCCCCAUGUUAAAAUGUGAAACUCACAUUUGUGCUUUUUCAUUCAUAUUUGUGUCUGCAUAUCAUAAGUAACAGAGUUUUAUGUUACUGACUGAAUAGUUUACUUUGUUUCAACAUGAGUGUUUGAUUCUGGUUCAGUUCUAGUUUCAGAUGAAGUGACUGGCCCAUCUGAUAGCAUACCUCCUUGAUGCAUCUCCUUGAAGGUGAUCUACCUGGGAGGCAACCUCAACAUAGACCAUGGGGACAAUGGAGGGAUUACAUGACCCAGAUCUGGACAAGAGGAAGAAAACCAGACAGAUGUCAUUAUCCUGGCGUGUGCACAGAAACUGAUGUUUGCACAUUUGUUAGGAAAUGUUUCCUCUCCUCUGUCAUUACAUGCUACAAAGUGUUUCACUUAUGAGGUUGAGGUUAGGCAUGCCUCAAAAUGGGGGCUACAGGUUUGUUCACUAUGUUGGAUACUGUCAAAUUGUGUUCACACUCACUGGGAGAAAGAUCGUUUGUGCAGGUGAAAUCCAGGUUUAUGUAAAGUCAACGUCACCUGUCUCACCUGUAUUCUGGUGAUAGUUGGUGUUUUCAGUGUCCUCCCCUCUCAUUGGUUGUUGAUGUCUCUUUGUUUCCAUCCUCUCACUGAGCUCCUCGUGUUUUUCUGGAUCUUUAUUUCUACCUCUCUGUGAGCUUUGGUUCUCUACGAAACCAGAGGCUCCAUCCAUCCUUCCAUCCAUCCAUCCAUCCAUCCAUCAGUGCUGCUAGGGUCUCUUUAUCUCUUUAUCCCUCAGCAGUUUCACACGCUCUACCUUUGUAUUUAUUUCUAAUCUCAUCAUUUCAUCUUAUCCUCUCCUCCCUCCACCUCCUCCCUCCAUCUCUGCUCUCUCAGAACAAACUCAGCAUCUAAUCCAGCCGCUGAUUAAGGAUUACAGCAGCCUGAGCUCUCUCGCUCUCUGUCUCUCUCUCUCCUCUCUCUGUCUCUCUCUCUCUCUCUCUGUCAAACCAUCAUUUGAAUACAUGUUAGGUCUGUUCUGUACACCAUGCAAAUGUGUCCCUCACAUCUGUCCAGUUGAUCCAUUUAUCCCCCCUCCCCUCUGUCUCAUGGAUCACACAGACAGAAUCAGACCAUGAGGGGGGAAAUCCAAACCUCCUUAAAAAAUGUCAAAUAAUGAUUGUUUUUAUAGAUCAUGCAAUAUUAAAGUAAUAAUUGUCAUUGCCAGCUUUAAUAAUCUACUCUUUCAUUUAGUGUUUCGGGCAUUUUUUCAAACCAUAGAGCCCUAAAAGAAAAAAAAUCUAACCCAUCACUUUGUCUCCUGCUGCUGUAAAGUCUCCAGUCAGGGGGCUUAAGCUACUAUCUUGUACUUCUGGAUCUAGUUACUGCUGCUAGGUUAAACCUAACACAUUAUAACAACUCCACCCUGUUUCCCACAGUGUGAGGUUGUAUUUUUUUGAGCUAGCUAACCACAGAAGUUAAAAUAUGAAAGCAGGGAGAUAGAGAGAAAGAUAUAGAGCUGGAGGAGGCAGACUCACCUCUGCACAUCAAACAUACUACCAUCAGAGCUGACUGUUAAAGUGAACAUUUUGAAUCACCACAUCUUCAAUUUUUCUGCAGGAUGAAGCCAAAAACCACCUUUACCCUCAUGAAGAUAUAUAAAGUUAUGACAAGCAGUUUUAAUAAUCCAGGUACACACAGAUGUUGAUCAGUGCUAGCAAAUAAAAUAAUGUUAUAAUGUGACUGAGGGUAAAAACUGAAUUGGACUUUACAACAGUCUGUUAGUCUGAUAAAUUAUGCAGCACCUAAAGUCCCAAACAGAAAUACUGUCUUUACUAUGUGCACUGGAUAAUAUAUAUGAUAUAUGAUGUAGCUAUUUUGUAGGAAAACCUUUUGACCAGCAGUUAUUUAUAUAUAUUGCACACAGUAUAUUUUCCGUUCUCAAAUAAUGAUCUCUUGUGCAAAUAAUUAUUUCGUGCUCAGAAGAGAAUUACUCUAAUAUUCUUGUACUUCUUCGAACAGAGUGAAAAAGUUUUGCUCAAGAUAAUUUUUUUGUCUUCUUGGAAAGUGAAAUGAUAUGAUUCAAAAGCAAUAAACAUGACAUAAAAAGUUAUGAUUGUGUUUAACAUGGGGGUCUAUGGGGAUUGACUCAUUUUUUGAUGCAGCCUCUAGUGGACAGGAGUGGAACUGCAGUGUUUGACUUUGAUCUUAAACUCCUGCCUGGAUGUUACAGUGUAGAAAAAAACCAACAGAGAGAGAGAGAUUAGAGGAAUGUAAAUUUGCGGCUAGUAAGAGCUUGUUUAUCAUGUUCAUACACAUAAUUAUGGCUUUAUGUUUUCAGGUGUUACCUAGUGAUGUACAAAUAAAAGUUGUCCUCCGAAACGGCCUCUCAGAGUGAACCGCAGCUGAUAGUGACUGAUACGGUGCCUCUGUUUCCGCCUCUGACACCAUCAGUGGCUGCUGUUUCUUCCUCCUCUUCCUCUUUUUCUACAGCUCAGCCUGGCGCGCGCUCAGAGCACUUCCUUCUGCGCGUCCAGAGCGCUGCGCUCCGCCGGACCGACUACAUCUCCAACUCCAAACACAGCGACGAGAGGCACCGUGAGAGGAUGGAGCCGAGCUAAAGACAUGAGGAAUACUCAGCACUUCAUCUUCAUCAUCUUCAUCUGAGGCUCAAGGAUCAGCAAACAGCAGGAAGAAGAGUCACAGAGAGAGUAAGAGAGAGAAAAGAGACAGAGAGAGGACAGCGGUGAGUGUCCUUUUGAUCUGUUCAGCUCUAAGAGGGGAAGGAGGGGGGAACCCGACAAAUACACCACAAAAAGUACACAUAAGUAUAACGACCAAAUCUGAGACAGAGGAGUUUAAGAGCCAGAAAAUACGGAGAAAAUGAUGAAGGUGAAUGCUGAUAGAUGAAUUAGAGGUUUUAUCAUAGAGAGGCUGAAAAAGAGGAACUUUAACCUCCGCCUACAUAAGUAAGUGAGCAGACUCACAUUUAGAAUGCAACACCAAUACUAGUGCUACUGCUGCUGAAAUAAUAAUAAUGAUAAUUAUAUUAAUAAUAAUAAUAAUAAUAAUAAUUGUUAAAUACACUCGUUGAGCUCAGUUUUAAAACACUGCUGUCCACCAUGUUCUUAUUUUCUCAAUGUCAUUUCCUAACUUUGUGCUCUGUGUGUGUGUGUGUGUGUGUGUGUGUGUGUGUGUGUGUGUGUGUGUGUGUGUGUGUGUGUGUGUGUGUGUGUGUGUGUGUGUUAAUUUUAGCCUGCAGCAAAGAGCAGGCUGGUUUCUGUUCUGUUUCUUGUUUCUUGUCUCUCAAGUGUUAAAUUUGUCCCUCUACGGUUUGGUAAGAUUAUAUUUUUAUAUCUGAAGACUGCUGUCAUUGUAAUCUCACAGAAAGUGUGUGUGUGUGUGUGUGUGUGUGUGUGUGUGUGUGUGUGUGUGUGUGUGUGUGUGUGUGCAGAAAUGCCACCAUUACAUCACUCUGGAGGUCACAGUUAAACUCCUCUGUGUGCUUCUGAAGCAGCUGUUGCUUUUUAUUCCGCAGCCUUGCCGCCUGAUUUUCCCUCAUGGUGUAAAAACUAAAGACACUGCAACAAUGAAGUUUCUGACUCAACUUUGGGGUUUCUCUUCCUGUGACAGGGGAACUUCAUUUACAUGUUCAGAUAGAGGCGUACUUCAUUUUUUUGAGAAAUACACUCAGACCACCUUCAUCAUUAAAACAGAUCAAUUCACAUUCAUUUCUGAUUGUCUGAUCUCAGAGAUGUAGACUAAUAAAAGUUAUUUUCACGUUAUUUUCUGAAUAAGCUGUCACUCUUUCCAAAUUAACCCAAACCCUUUAUUAAAAAAAUUAAAAUUAAACACAUUUACAACACAAAAAGAAAGGGAUGUGAUCAGAUAUUUAGACACAAAACAUUAAUACAGUAGUUAUCAGAUAUUUACCUCAGGAUUUUCAUGGUUAAACUCUUUCAGGAUAGAGUUUUGAGAGUUUUUGCAGUAACAGGACACUCCAUACUUUUCUGAGUUGGUGAAUAAUCCAGAUGUCUCUCUGGGACAUCCUGUCGCUGUGUCGUCUGUCUCACUGGUUUGAUGCCAGCUGAGCAGGCGAUGUUGUUUUGGCCGUAGGCACUCUUUCACAGGUGAACACAGUCUGUCAGCUGCUCACAGCUACAUCAUUUACACCUGGAGAAGAAGAAUCACGCCUUAGAGGACACCUGAGUCCUCCCUGACGGUGGUUCAGUCAGUGUUUGUGUUUCAGUUGUGUUCUGGUUUAAUUUUGGUUUCGCUCUUUUGGAGAGUUUUUGGUUCGUGCUUAAUUCGCUCGUAUAAACACUUUUGUUUCUGUGUCAAGACUCUUUGAAAGCCCGUGUUUGUCGAGGUGAUAGAUGUUAUAAUAACCAUGUGGUAAACCAACGCUGACUAGAUUAAAUUGAUGAUAAAUAGGUCAGCAUGUCUACAAUAGACGCUGGCUGCAGCUCAUGUAAACAGGAUGACCGUGAACAUGUGGUGUGUUUAUUUGGCCUGCAGGUGUGGACGUUAUUCUGACGUUGUGUGCUUGUUGGAGUGAAGCUACAGUCAUUGUGGUGUUGUCUGGUGUUGCUACCUCUGGUCUCUGAUGCUCCAUCAGUCCUUCAUGUUCCUCUGAGUGAGCGGUGUGCAGUCUGCAGAACUUUAUUUGCAUGUAGUGAUGAUGUGUGAUAAACCUCCUACAGAGUUAUAAAACAGCACAGCUCAAGGUUAUGGUGUUUUAAUUAUUUAUAUUAUAAGUCUGCUUUUGUCCCAACAUGCUCUCAGUCUGAAGCUCUGCAGAUUAAAGCUCCUGUCAGGAACUCUAAAUAUGUGCUGAUGGACAAAAGUGGUAUCUCCUGUCUUUGCUGAUAUUUUUCUGUGUAUACAUGGGUGUUUUUUCAAACCAGACAUAUUAUAAUAGGACAUGCACAACUCUUAGUGGGAACUGGAUUCAAAGAUAUCAGGCUUGUAGGAAAGACAGGAGCUUUCCACUGUGUGAGUCUUUGAGGCUGUUUUGGUGUUUUCAUCGUGUUAAACAACUCUGUGAAGCUUUACUGUGCAAAAAAGGUGGCUUUAAGAUUUUUCUGCAGCGUGUAGUCUGACACCAACCUGCUGCAGUGACAUGACGCAAAACGACAAUGUAGAACUUCAUUAUGUGCACUUACUGCCUCAUGAGCUGUGACUCAGAAAAAUAGGCAGUAACAAUAAAAAUGCAACACCCAUCCAUCCGUAAGAUUUUACUGCUUCACUCUUAUAGGGUCUGAGGGGGUCGGUCCAACUACUGCCAGUUAAGAUGAAGGGUUACACCUGAAAAUUGGCCAGCCAAUCUCAGGCCUGAUGCAUAGACACGAAUAACCAAUCAGACUCACUCAGAGGUUAGGCUAUUAUUUUUAAUGAAAACUAACAAAAUAUCAAAAAUGAAAAAGUUUAACUUAAGUCAAAACAAAAGAGCCUUUUAAAGAUAAACUGGCUGACAAAACUCACGAGAAUAAAAUCAUGAUUGUACUCACCAGCCAUUUAUUAAUAUUAUUCCACUAUUACUCUGACACAUCCGUGUGUAUUUGGAUUGUAAGUCCUGUCAGUUAGUCUUCGCUGUAAACAUGUUUUGGUCGUGGUUACCGCUGAGAAACGCUCAUGGUUAUUUUGUUCAGGAACUAAAACUCCAGUAUCAAUUUGAUAAUCAGAUGAUGACUUCUUAUCAACUUCUGUGAACAUGAAGUUUGUGGUAUAACUAAUAACUUCUCUUAUGUAACUUUAAAGAAGUUAACAUUGACUUUUGGUUUCACACAGGAAUCAGACCUUAUAUAAGACCUUAAUGAAGGUCCUAAUUUGGUUCCUCACUCCAGGAGGAACUUUAUAAACUUUAGCCGCUGACUUUAACAGAAUAGAGGAGAGACUCUAGAGGACCUGCCGAGUCGUAUGUUGAAGUUUUGGUCUUCUGACUCGGAUGGCAUCAGUGAAGUAAAAUCUUCAGAGUAAAUCUCAGACCAUAUUUUACGACAAAGAGCUCCUCUGAUAAUAUUUAACUUCCUCUGGACUUCGCACCUUUCCUUUUUUUAAGAAGGUUUGUCCGACUGUUCCAAUCACUGAUCUUCUAUUUCUGACAUUUACUAAACUGUAAAUUCUGUUGAAGGGUGAUAGACUGAUUUUUAGUUUAAAAAUAUUUAAUUGUGUUCAACUACUGAUCAUACAUGGAUACAUACAUACAGACUCUCUGUGACUGUCUAUGACUCUAAGAUUCUCUCACUCUCAGAAAUUCUCGGUGAAUCUCAGGGACUCUCCGUGCUUCUCAUUGACUCUCAGUGACUAUCAGUGAUUCAUAGGGACUCACUGUUCACUGCUGACCAUCAUAUGAGAGUGUUGAUGUCUGACACUGAUGGAUUAGGCCUAAUCUCAGGACCUCAGGACCCUGUGAGAUUCUACUGUGUCUGAAACACCAACAGCUGGGGUUAUCAGGGUCACAGCUCUGGCCUGAGGUUGUGCUCUUUUAUAAUGACUGUUGGUAUUGCAGCAUCUGUCGGUCCUUGUUUUAGUGACUGUAGAGUCAAACCCUAACCCUGGCUGAAGAGGAGAGUGAGCCUGAUAGCGGAGUCAAAAAUCAUCUGUAUAGAGAAGUAAAUGAACUCUGUGUGGUAGGAUCAGAAAUAGAGUCUUGGGUAUCACUGUUUUGUCUCAGAGUUUCUCUGACUGUGAGGACAUUCACACUUCAGCAUUUCCCUUUCAGAUGACUGAGUGAAUUCUAAAAUCGAACUUUAAAGAACAAACAGCACUUUCUUCCUCUUCCACAGUCAAAGCUGAAGUUGUGACUCAGUGAAACUCAAACGGGCUAAAAAGAGGUUUAGGUUUUUAAUGUUCCCUUUAGACUGCUCUGUCUGUGUCCACAUACUGGCUCUGUUUUCCUAUGUUUGAACUGGUGACGAAUAUCUGUGUCUUUUAAACACGUCUACCUGUUCAAUCUCAGUGUCUGUCAAGAUAAAAUCACUCUGGGAGGUGAAGCUUCAGCUCCCAUCAGUUAUCUGUUUUCAGACAUGGAGGGCGGCUGUGGCUCUGCAGUAGAGUCGGUCUCUCAUUCAGAUGAUUGGUGGUUCAAGCUCAGGUCCUGGUGUCCACAUGCCAAAGUAGCCUUGGACAAGACUCUUGUCCUCGAGAUUUAUUCGUUUCUAGACCUGUGCAAAUGGGAUAAGCUUAUACUGUUGGUGCUUUACAUAGCAGCCCCUGCCAUCAGUGUGUGGUUGUAGUGUGAAUGUGACAUGAGAUGUCAAAGAGGUAGAGAAACGCAGUUCAUUCACCCUUUAAAUGGUGGCUGCAGACCUGGGCACAGCUGCUGUUAACUCAGUGUGUUGUCAUCCACAGUCAUCCAAGGACAAGAUUCAUGUAUUCAUCGUACAUGGUCAAGUGAGCUGCCUCUGACCUCAGUGUUUUCAUCGAGGGUAGUGAGAAACCUCAGGGACGGUCUGUCAGGGUCUUGUGCAAAAGAGCAAAAGGUUAAUCUCUGAGGGAGUUUUUUUUUUUAAAUAACAGAAAGCUCAGCAGUCAAACUUCCCUGUCACCGGUUUUAGCUUGAUUCCCUCAUUAAGCUCGUCCCAGCAGAGAAGAGAGAACUUUCAUGGAGGAAGUAAUGAAGAGACGCACAAAGGGCUUUAUUGAAACCAAACUAACGCACUGUCUGAAGUGCCUGAAGCAAACUGAAUCAGGGCGUGUCCCACUGCAUUUUGGUAUACUGUAGUUCUGGGGCCGAAACGCUGGAUGCAGGGCUGAAAGUCUUAAAAAAUCUAAAUUUAUUAAAAGGUGAGCAGGAUUAAAUUUAAGGUCAAAAUUAUCACUGUUUUAGUAGGUCUGAUUUGUGUGACUACUAACAAAGGCUACACCUGCUCCUGACCACAAGUAUAAUUUAUGUAAGCGAAGAAUUCACAGAAAUGCUUCUUGAUAUUAUCAGAAAUCACUUUUUUGUGUAUUUUGUGAUCUGUUAACUUCACAUUAGACGUGCUGAUUUUACUUCAUGAUUGAUUUUCCUUCCUUUACUGCCACAUUCAUGAAUCCAGAGCUGUUUCUUUAGUACUGGGGACUUUAAUAUGUAAAACUACUCAUGAACAUUUCAUGAAUGGAACCCAAUCUCUUUAAGAGUACGAUGCACCUGUGGUCAGGUGUAAUACUAAUUACACAGUCUUUGUGUUUAAAUGAUUGGAGCUGUAGGUCUCAGUCAGCUUUUGAGAGCUCAGGUGAAGCAGGUGUGAGGAGGUAGAAGUAAAGGUGUCCUCAUCUUCUGGUAUCCUCAGAUUGAUGAAGAUGAGAAAAAAAAAAACACCAGCGUCUUCAGUCCCUCUGUCUAAAUUUCAGUGUAUCAGGAAAAGAAAUGCUACUCCCAUAUGAGUGAGGGUAAAUCAGAGGAGAGCAUGCUGUAAACUCUUAUGCCCACCCUUCCAUCUUACUAAUGCACUUCUAAAUAUCAAUGGGAAAAAUUCUGACAUUUUUACUGUGCACCAAAUGCGUUGAGGUGGAUGUAUGAUGAUUUAGAGAGGCUGGACAAAAGUAAACAUCACUGUUACUGUCAGAGCUUUUAUUCACAGGUUCAAUUUCUCUCCUCGUCCUCUUUGAGAAUUUGAGAGGCAAAAAGAAGCAACCAAAAUUCAGUUUUUACACGGAUGUUUAUUCCACCGCAACAUGAUGCCGUAAACCCUCUGAGAGCACACACUCUGACAUAGUUCACCCGUGUCCAUGACAUAACUGAAACCUACGGUGACAAUAACUCAAACCUACAGUAAGAAUCACUCAAAUCUACAGUAGCAAUAACUCAAACCUAGGGUAAGAAUAACUUAAAUCUACAGUAAGAAUUACUCAAACCCUACGGUAAUAAUCCCUCAGACCUACAGUAAGAAUUACUCAAACCUACAGUAACAAUAACCAAAACCUACAGUAAGAAUUACUCAAACCUACGGUAAUAAUCCCUAACAAUAUAUAUCGAUCGAUAGACGUGUGGUGCGAUAGAAAAAAAACGGGUCGAUAAAAAGUUCGAUAGAAAAACACAGUUUCCCUUUCUUUUUCAUCAUAGCCUAUCAUGUAGCUUUUACUGCAGUCAUUACUUCCUCCAAACCAAUCACAAACGCAGACCCAGGUACGCUACGGCACCAAGCCCAGCCCCUAUCAAACCACAACAGACAGCACGUGUAUUAGAAAAAAUGAUACAGCAAGGAGAAGCGGAGGACAUUGUCCCGAAAAAAGGUCUCAGCAGUUCUCCAGCAUGGCAAUGUUUUGGUUUUUACAAGUCUGACAAAAAGCGAACAGCGGUCGUUUGCAAAAUUUGCAGAGAAUUAGUAAAAACCAAGUCUGGUAACACAACCAACUUGUUUUACCAUCUAAACCGGUCGCACCCGCAGGAGUACGAGCUGUGUCGGCCGCGCCGCGGCUCCACGUCGUCGUCGGAGGAGGAAUCCUCUGGAACCGCUGCCAGCACCAGCACAAAGCAUGUGAAGCAGACCAAACUGGACUUCGUUUCUUGCCAAAAAUACGACAAAGCGUCCAAGCGGCAUAAGGACAUCACCCAUGCAGUAACAUGCUCCAUAGCGAGGGACAUACUGCCAAUAACUACCGCUGAAAAGCCUGGCUUCAAACAGCUUCUAGCCACUCUCGACCCGCGAUAUGAAGUGUCCGGCCGCAAGUAUUUCUCAAACACAGCGCUUCAGGCAUGAAAAUGGGUCAGGGGUUGAAAAGGUGAGAAGGGUGCGGAGGAAAUACGUUCAAAUGAGCUCAUAUUUUACAAAGACGCGAGUAUUUGGAUCAUGGCUACUAGCAGGGGGUGCAUUCGGCAGGGGUGCAUUCUACGACACAACACCGGCGUGGAUAAGUCCUGCUUCUCGUGCUUAGUUUGUGUAUUAAGUCAAUCACAUGAUAAUUAAAAAAAAUAAAUCUCCCGACCCCGGGAGAAAUAUUUCAGUGUUCAGACACCAGGCUGUGGGCAGUUUCCCACACAGUUAAAACUGGUAGUAUGCUAUUCCCACCUAAAGCUAUUCUGUUUAUUUAUAUAUUUGUUUGUUUUGUUUAUUUUCAUCAAAAGACUAUUUAAAUAUUUAUUUAUCAGAUUUUCUGGUCACUUUAGUCUUUAUGUUUGUCAGUAUUUACUGACGUCACUCAGGCCACUUAAGUUGAUUUCUUUUUUUUUUUUAGUUCUUUUUUAAAAAACUUUCAGUUGUGGUAAAAUAAAAAAGGUGGUUGAAUAAAGGUUUGAAUUUGAAUUCAGUGCUUGUGCGUUCUUUAUUAAAAGUAGGUCAUUAAGCAAUAGCAUAAAACAUCCAGGGCUGCAAUUAAAAUAUAUGUUAAAUAAUUAUAAUAAUUAUAUCGAUAAUUAUCGAUAUCGAUCAAUAUGAUUUAUUUUUUAUCGAUAUGCUUUUUUUCUAUAUCGUCCAGGCCUAAGAAUUACUCAAACCUACAACAAUAAUCCCUCAGACCUACGGUAAGAAUUUCUCAGAAUUUGAAUAAGAAUAAGUCUGAGGAAAGCUAGUUUGACUGAUUUGUUUAACAUAACAGUCAUAUAGUGGAUCUUUCUUAAGGUCUAUUUUUGGUCACCCUGAAGUUCAGACAGAAAUAAUCCCAGAGCAGAGAAGUGAAACUGUUUGCAUAGCCAAAGAGGUGGCAGAUUUCUCAGAGGUUAUCUUUCAGAUCCCUAACAGAAGACAAAAAAAAUGCUAAACAGAGCAGAAAAUGACAGUUUGACCAAAAUAGUGUUCAUUUUCGAUUUAGAUCAAAAACAGUAAAGAAAAGAAAGUAACACUGUACUUCCCUGUUUUAGAUGUCCUUGCAGACUAACCUGUUUGAGACCUCCUGUCUUGUAGACGUCCUCUCAGACUGACCUGUUUUAGUUCCCUGCCUCUGUGAGGAUCAGGGUCUGCUGAGGUUUCCUCAUCUGUGGUUUCUUCAGACAGCAGCUGUAGGUGAAAGUUUUCAGCUCGGGUUUCCUCUCCACCCUCAAAUCACCUGCUCAGAUCAUGCUACAGUGAUAGAGGACUUGGGAUGGAGUAAAGACCUUUCUCUUUUUAAGUACAUCUGAUUCAGUCUGCACCUGCUAACCUUCAGGUUCAUACUGGAAUUGUAAUCCAGUAGAUUACUUUGUUUUGAUUGUUGGUGGUUAUAAAGCAGCUUAGAGCUUCACCUAGACUUUGGUUGGAGUGAAAUGAGAAGAGAGGAUUCGGGGCAGACAAAGGGCUACAGACUAAGCAGCAUUUUCAAUAUUGAAGGACAUUUUUCAAACCUCAGUCCUUGGAGACCCAAAACUCUGUUUAUGAGGAGGUUGAAACACAGAGGAAACUUCCUCUUAAGAGAAACGUCCCUUUGAAGCUGAUCGGUCGAUUCUCAGUGAAAUGAUCAAACUCUUUGCAGCUCAUAAUCACUGAUUGAACCUGACAUUAAAAAUUCAUCCAUCUGUCAGAAAUAUGUGGGUAUGAUAUUAUUAACAUGUAGGUCCACAACUUUAAGCAUUUGUGAUGUCUGCCACAGAAAAUUGGCCAAAGACCUGCCAGGUGUGAGAAGGAGGGACUUGAAAUCACAAUUUACCGACCAGAAUCCAGUCUGAAACCAUAAAGCUAUCUAGCUGGUGCUUUAAGUCAUGUUGCGUUCACACCAAGCAAAGACAGAGAGGAUUUCCUACAUGUCAGGUCAGUCUGUUUACAUCAGACAUAUCAGAGGUUGACCACACUGUGAGAAUCUGUUGAGUUUAAAUAACUUACCGGAUAAUCAGACCUCCUCGCUCUCUUUCUGUCAGCUGAGCUCUUUUUUACUCCUGUCUUUGUGUCACAGACAAAUUUUAUCCUCCAUCUCGCCGCAUACCGUCACGAUCGGUUAAUCUUCGAUCAAAACAUAUUUCUUUUUUGAUCUUUGCUCUAUCUUUACUCAUGUAUAUUCAGAAAUUCAGACAUUUCCAUGCAUAGAUUUAUGAAUGGAUCGUUUAAGAAAGCUCUGAAGCUGCAGAAAAAGCUAUGAAAAGAGUUUCUAAAAGUGCUCCUCAAACGUGAACUUUUUACCAUCUGAACAAUCAAGAUGGUUUGAUGUGGUUGUUAUGGAUCUACAUGUGGACAGUUUAUCAGCUCUGUUUCCAUCAAUGUGUCACCUGAUAGUCAAAUAAAGUCCUCUUAGCUGAUACUGGCUGCUUAGUCUGCAUCUCUCUGUGUUCACAUAGAGGCAGGUGUAAACCUGCACUCACACCUGGACCAGAGGCCUCAGCUGCAGGUAAAACAAAGACUGAGCGCCACUUUAUGUCACUGAGCAUGCUCAGUAAGUGGCAGAGGAGUUUGAUAAAGAAGUUAACAGGUCCACAGUGAGACGGCUAAAGAGGAACAAAGAUAGAAAAAAAGGAAGUCCAAGUGUUGACACCAUCUUUGACCUCAGCAACACCAAAACUUCCUGUGUCUAAAUGUUCAGAUGAAACUUUUUCCACUGCGUAAAGGGGGGUGGAUUAUAAACCAUGUUUAGAGAUCAUUCAUCAGAGAAUAGUCUCUGUGUCUGCCUGUCUGGAGUUUGGUUUAUGGUCUCUAUUUAUUGAUAGACUCAGUUAUAGAUAAGAAUUUAUAGCUCAGCGAGAAUAUUAAUGAGAGCAAACAAACUACAGAGAGAAGUUCAGAGUCCCACCAUCAGAGCUGUUGUUCCUCAGUGCUGUUAGAGUCCUCUCUGCUGCUUUGAAAUAUCAUCCACCAAUUUCAGACCUUUAAGAUCAAAUUGAAAUUGUUUCCGGCUUACGUUAAACUUUAAUAUAUUCCCUGAUUCAUCUGCAAUUCUUCUCUGUAAAAAACACAGCCUCCUUUAUCUCCAUCACACACUCACUCUGUGUGUUCAUCCACAGAACUGUGAACACAUUUGCAUGGUCAUACACACACGCACACACACACACACACACACACACACACACACACACAUGCAGAUGUAAUGUCUUUUAUUGCAGCUGCAUGUAAAUCAUUAUUGCAGCAGUUGACAGAGGGAGCUUUAUUGUUUCUCACUCUUGGAGAAACAAACUAAAAACCAAACAGCGCAGGUUAAGAUGUGAGAAACAGAGUGGAUAAAGUGCCUCACUCUGAUAGAAAUAACAUUCAGUGAAACAGGAUAAAGUAAUCUAUCAAAAACAAAUUAAAAUUUUCACCAUUAAUCAGUAAUAUAUUAAAAAAAAGGUAAUUAAAAACAGAUUAUCAAUAGUCCCUAAUACCUGUGGACUUUGUAUCAGACUUCGUAUUUCCAUAUAGCAGAGCUGACUCACAGUGUCGACCUCUCAUUGACCAUCUCACAGAGACUUCAAACGCCCUCCACUAUCCAACAGCAUCACAUAAGAAGACGAGGACACUUUCACACGCGCUCCACCCAAACACACACUUUUUAAUUCACCCAAACUGAACCAACAUCUCUAUUUGAUAAGAGUUCAAAGGCAGCCCUCUGCUUAUCAUGAGUGUAAUUGUAAUAAUUUCAUUUUUAUUGAAUUUCCUUUAGUGGGACAUUCUUACCAUGCUCUGGUUUAUUUUUAUCUUCUCUGGCUGAAAAGGGAAGAGGACAACUUUUAUAUCUGUCUUCUGACUCAGUGCUAAAAUAUACAGAAGUUAUUUUUUAUUUUCAUUCAUUAGAUUAGAAAAGUACAGAAUUAUUUAUGUCGGGGCUUUUCUACGAAGGGCCAAGUUUUUGACUCGUGGUUAUUUUAAAAGAGACGCAGGUGAAGGUGCUGCUGCUCAGUUAAAACUGUUCUGUGAUAUGAAUAUAUAAAUAUCUCAGUUAAAACCACAUUUGUUUAAAGAAUAAUAUCAGAGAGGCGUUUUAAAAUAAAACCGAUCAUUUCCUCAUUUAAAGCUGAGGCGUCAGCUGAUACAGGCUGGUGUUCCUAUCCUGCUCCUGCUUGUCUGUUAGCGUUCACGCUGCUGCAGAUGCAUCUGUAAUUAUUUCAGUCUUUUUCAUAAGCUGAUAAAAACUCAUCCUCACCAGAUCUGAGAGCAAAACUGUGCAGUGAUCUCCGACUGAAACUCUCAGUAACUUCACGUUUAACAGUAAAAAAUGCUGCAAUAACAUCAGAAUUAAUAAUUACCAGCAGAUGCUGUAAACACCCAGCACAUGAAUGAUUAAACAGUUUCUGCAGGAAGAGCUCGGUUUAUAGUCUCUGUGUUUCAUGGGAAAUAUUCCUUUGCAGAAGUCAGACAUCCUUUCAGACUCAGAAUGAUCAUCUAUUAAACUGGAGUUUAAUAGACAGAGCUACUCACACACGUUUAACUCAAAGUGAAGCUAAAUAUUUGUCUACUGUAGGUUCCAGAUUACAAAAGCAAGCAUCUUGGUCUUAUACUCAUACUUUAACUCCCUGAACACAGUUUAUUUUGCAUAAACUUCAUGGUUCACUACAUUUUGAAAGACUGUUCAUCUGUUUCUGAAACUGAAACUGGUAUAUUAUAGAUUAUAGUUAAUGUUUCAAGACUUUCCACGGUGGCCUUUCCUUACAGAGCAGCACGUUAUCAUCCAACAGAUUUAACUACACUCUAUAAAUAUGAUGUUUAUUCUAAUUCUUGCCUUCUGAUGCACUUUAGUAAUUUAGGUUUUGAUUCUAGCCUCAACUCUUAGACAAUAAUCAGAUAAAAAGGUCAUAACAAAUUUAUUUAUACUGUUUUCAUGUCUCCUUGUUUGACCACGUUCAACACAGAGCGACUGUACUCCAGUUUCCUCAUGAUACAGUAACUCCUCCUCUCCUCAUUAACCUCUCCUCUCUUCCUCCUGCAGGAGUCAAGAUGGGCUGUGUGGGCUCUAAGAAGGACCCGGAGCCUGUAGGAAAAGGAUCAGGGGGCGAUGAUGUGCAGAGCCGCUCGCAGACGGCACAUUACGUCAAAGAUCCAACCACCGGCAGCAAAGCUGUGAGCAGAAACACUGACACACUGAUCAAGUCUGCACACAAAGGGGAUACCAUUCACACUUUAUUGAGUAUAAAACCUUUAUGACAGUUGGUGAUAGAGGGAUAAAGGUGAUCUACAUCUAAAGUUCAAAUAUGGCACUUGAAAAAAAAAAACACGUGAGGAGUUAAAAUUUGUUAAAAUGAGAUAAAGUGAGUAAAAAUGAGUUAAAGCAAGUGCAACAAAGUUGGAGUAAGUUAAAAUUAGUUAAAUUGAGUAAAAAGGAGUUAGAGCGAGUUCCAAUGUGUUAAAUGUAGUAAAAAAAAGAAUUAAAAUAAGUUAAAGUGAGUUCAAAUGAGCGUAAGAGAUUAAAAAUAAGUUAAAAUUAGCUUAACCGUCCUCCUGUGUUAGCUAUUACUACGCAUCCACUAUGUUAAGGGUCGGUGUUGACCCGUGUCUUGAAUCAGCUGUAAAUUACACUAAAACAAUUCUCUAUCAUCCAAUUUAGUUCUCAUCCCUUGGUUACCUUGUUAGGCUUCAUUAUCCAUGAAAAUAUUGCGUAUAAUAUUUUUUGUAGUGGUCCUCUGGGCCUUUCUUUGUCAAUAUACCCCUCACACUGACAUCUACACUGACAUGCCGACGUUGUUUUUUGUGCAUGAAAAAACAGGCAACAUGAGAAUUUCCUAAAUCUCACAUGAUUGGAAGAGGAUCUGACGGUCAGUGUGUUUCCUGACAGGACACUUAUGAUUUCAGUUUUUGUUCUGAUUAUUAAAUAUUGAUCUAACCAGGUCAACAGCGUUCUUAACACCAUAAGUGCCAUAAUUUUAAUGAAUAUUUUAUAAUUUAGUCAAUUUAGAUAUUUUAUUUUUAUUUUGUUGAUACAGAGUUUCCUGACAAAGUCAAAAAGUAUCAGUGCAAAAAAGCUAAUUUAAGUGGUUCUUUUAAGCAUUUAAAAUAAAAACGGGUUGGUGCAGACCCUAACACAGGAGGAGGGUUAAGUGAGUUCAAUGUUUGGGCAGUCUCUGACCAUACACUCAUAAACAUGAGUAUAUAGUACAAACCUGCACCCCCCCACCACCCCAAACUCAGCAACACCCCCAAGGUCCUAAAAAAAUCUAUAUCCAUGAUUAGAAGGGUCAGCAACAGUCUCACCUGCAGCCACAGGGUCCUGGAUUUGCAGGUCCUGCAGAUUUGACAGAUUGAGAAGAAACUCCUACACGCUGUCUCAUGUUUACUGACAUUUUAAAUCACUUAAAGUUUGAGCUCAAACAGACUUCUGGGACAGAAGCUUGUGUAGAAGAUUUCAGAAAAAAGGGGGAGAUGGCGUUUUAUAGUUUCUUCUCACUAAUUCCGGUCCCCCCCCAUCCUCUGACAGAGCUGUCACUUGUUUAGGUAUAUCAGAGAUCUUCCUCAGAGACUCUCCCCCUCUUUGCAGAGCAGGUGAUUGGCUGCAGCCGACUCAUCCUCUGCGGUGGCUGCAGAUGGUUUCCUUUAUGGUUUUCGAUUAGGACAAAGUGCUCGGCUAGAUUUGUUUUUCUCUAAAGUGGUCAAAGAUAGAAUAUAAAUAGGUGAUAUGUAUAUUUAUAUAUUUAAACAAAUAAGAUAUUCUUUUUUCACUGUUAGCAUGCAGCUGAAGUUCUUUGGGGGCAUUCAGAUCAGCAGCAAUAAACAAGAUAAAAAUAUAAUUUUAAAUAAAUUCAAAUAGUACAGAGAUUAAGAGAAGAGAUCAAAUACAUGAACAACAGGUGAAAAUAUUAACAAAUAAUAGCUUUUAAAACCUUAAAUGUAAAAACAUUAAAACCUUAAAUCUGCUCUGAGAGCAUCGAGCUGCUGCUGCUCUGUGAGGGCUGCCAUCUUGGUUUCUUUUUCAAAGGGAAUUUAAUGAAUAAUUAACCUUUAAAAACUUGUCUUUAGUCUCAACCCUCUGUGUUGAACACAGAAUGAGGAAGGCGAGGAGAGGGUGAGGCAGAGUGAUGCAGGAACAGUGAGAGUCUGAAGGGGAAACAGCGUGACGGUAACAGGCCAACAGUUUUUCAACGCGGUCACAUGACUGAGUUUAGUUUGCAUACUGGUCAGACUUUGAUGGUGGUUCGCUGGGUGGUGAAGGCGCUACAUAUGAGCGAGCUUCCUUUUCCUGUGAGCUGCCUGGAACCCUCCUCUGCCUCAGUGAAGAAGAGGAAGUGACAGACAGAGACCCAGAGACACCCAGAGUUUACCACCUCACAGAUGGUUAAACCCUCAUCUCACACCUUGGGUUAACAGUUAGGGUUAGGGUUAUUAACCUUCGAGCUAACGGGACUAUCUGCUGGAAACACACACACACAUUAUUAAACUAACAGCUGUAACACAAACAUUUGAUUUAAUUCAUUUGGAAUUAAACAUCAGUUAUGAUGUUUCAGUUAUCUUUAGAUUCACAUUUUUCAGUUUUACUGACACUGAAUGAAUGAACCCCUCAGCUUUUUGUGACGGAAUAAACUCAUAUUUUAAUUCAUGGUCAAAUGAGAUGUGUCAGUUUUCUGUGUAUUUGCCCGUAAUUCUAAAUAGAACCAGCAGGUGGAGCUCUGUUUAUUAGCUUUCGAAUUCAGGAGCUGCAUCCUUCAUAGGUGCCAGCCUUGGAAGAAUCCAGGUUUUAAGUGACCUGACCUCUAAGGGACCUGGCUGUUUUAGGACUAGGCUUUUGAAAGACCCAGGGUUUGAAGAACCUAGUCUUAAAAGACCUGACCUUUGUAGGACACAGCCUUUUGGAAGACUGAGCCUUUAUAGGACACAUCUUCUACCUGGGCUGUGUAGGACCUAUUUUUGAUUUUAAAUGGCUUUCAUAGGACCUCACUUUGAAGGACCUGGCCUCUGUGACCCACAACUAACAUCACGUAAUUUAAGCCUCAUCACCAACAUUUUAAAUAAAAUAUCGGGUUUGAUUUCAUACAUGUUUUUAACAGUUACAGCCCACGAUCAAUUUCAAACCAAACACUGUUUUCAUCAGUUAGUACGUGGCUGUUGGGCAAAGAAAAGAAGGACACAGUUGGCUGUAUUUUGAGGAAGCUGUGAUGUAACAGUCUGUAAAUGUGGUCUCUGAAGGCUACAGCCUCUGAACUGUGACACAGCUAAGGCUCCAGGUGCUUGGUAGCAGGUAAACUGGAGACACACCUGUUUCUGACAAUGUUGGUGGAUGUAUUUAGAUGGGAUUAACAAACAUUACACAUCAUGUUUGUUUAAAGCAGGUUUAUACACUCAGCAGAGUGACAGUCUAAGUCUCCAGGAGGUUUCUCUGCCGUAACAGAUACUUCAGCUCAGGGACCACUUUUCUUCUAAUACUCAUUUAACAAAAUAAUAAAGUGUCUUCACAGAAAAGUCUUUAACCACCACAUUUCUGUUUGUCUGUGUCUGUGUCUCUGUCUGUCUGUCUGUCUGUGUCUCUUUCUGUUUCUGUAGACUAAAGUGCCGUCUAAUGCGAACUGUGCUGAAGGUGAGUGUUUACCACAUCACUCUGAGUAAUCUCAGUUUUAUUAAAUUAACCUUUUCAUGACUUCACCGGAAGAAGUAAAACUUAAACAUUUUAUUUUAUUACAUUAUGUAUUAUAUAUAUUAUAUUAUCAUUUUUUUGUCCCAGAUCAAAUACUUCAAUUUUCAUUAUUUUCACAAUAUUUAUAAUAUCUGUGAUGUUUAUUUGAGGUUUUCAUAUUAUUUUAUAGAGACUGCUAUAAAGACAUUUAUUAGAAAUAUAUAAUAUUAGAAUAUUAGAAAUAUUAGAAAUCUACUUUUUGGAACCAUUAAACUAAUUGUAGGAUUUAAUUGUAAUUUACUUUAAACACUGAUGACAAAAACUUUGAUGUCUCCAAAAUGGUCCAUAGUGCAGAAAUGUGAAUAUUUGAUGAUAUCUGGAGGUCACAUAGUUUAACUGUUCCCUUGCUCACCCCUCCUGUCUGUGAGGUGAAAUUGGUCUUCAUUGAUAAUAACCUGUGGUAGUAAAAAAAACGAUGUCUUCAUAAAUGUUAGUGCAGUGGUGACUUGAGUCAGACUUGAUACUGGCAUGUGUUUAUUAUCUGGAUUGAUGUAACCACUCUGCAGGGAUCCUGACUUUACUGUCACUUUUGGCAGUUUGUGAAAUCUCUCUGCAUGUUUGCAAAAACGUAUUGACCUUUGUGUCAUCUUUGUUAUUAGUAGCAGUUGAUAAAAAGAGCUGAUGGAGACCUACGGCUGCUGCUGCACGGCUGCUGCAUGCACGGCUGCUGCUGCAUGGCUGCAGCUCCUCACCAAGUGUCUCUAAUGUGUGCUAGUUUCAGUGUGCUCUUUACAAUCAGUUAAAUGAUACUCAGUUAAUAACAUCCCUGAUUUUAACGAGCACUCAGUAAUGAGUCUGAUCUCAGUGGAGGUUCCAGCUCCACUAUCAAUUUUUUCUAUUUCAGACAGUAAAGAUGAUGUGAAUCUGAGACCAUCAUGACUGUUCUCUCUGUGUGUCUGUUCAUGCUGCAGGAGAGAGCAUCGCCAUGGCUCUGUACGACUAUGAGGCCAUCCAUGACGGAGACCUUGGCUUCAGGAAGGGAGACAAACUCAAAAUUCUCGAAGAGUGAGUUAAACAGACCAUUUCGUAACUUUAAUAAAGAAUCUGAUCAAAUAUUCACUUACCUUAAUGUUAUUUUCAUGGUUUAGACGGGUAAGACAGGUGGAUUGUUAAAUCUCUGUUGAUGAAAAAUAUUAAUUUAUAUUCUCCCUCUCUCUCUCUCUCUCUCUCUCUCUCUCUCUCUCUCUCUCUCUCUCUCUGUCUCUCUCUCUCUCAGGUCGGGGGAGUGGUGGAGGGCGAUGUUGAUCAGUUCGGGUCAGGAGGGUUACAUUCCCAGUAACUAUGUAGCUAAAGACACUCUGGAGGCAGAAGAGUAAGUUUCCUCUCACUGAUACACAAACAUGAUGAUAAAACACCUUUAGAGUCAAAAACUGAUCCCAGUUCAUGAAUAUAACUGGAAGUAAUGUGUUAAUAAAAUAACCCUGUAACGAGAUUGAAAGUGUGAAAACUGUGUCAGAGGCAUGAAGUGUUAAUCCUCUAAAGUGCAUGGAAAGACAGUUAAGUAAUCUGAUAUUUACAUGAACAAAACUGCAAAGGGUGCUAUGCCUCAAACAUGAACAGGGAUUAAGGGUCAGAGACUAAAUUAGCUGAGCAGACAUCUAACCAACAGCCAGCAGCUAGCACCUGUCCUUAAUGGAGCCAUGCCCCUAUUUAUUUACACCUUUAAUCCUUAAUCAGAUGUAAACAGGUCAGAUUAUUGCUUAUUUUGUUAACAGGUGAGUUUCAUCCUUAAUCUGGUAUAAACAGGUAAAUUUGAUUCUUUAUCUGAAGUAAACAGGCACAUUUAAUCCUAAAUCUAAAGCAAACAGGUGAAUUUAAUCCUUAAUCUGAUGUUAUCAUAUAAAUGGGUGAGAUUAAUCCUUAAUCUGACGUAAACAAAUGAGUUUAUCUCAAGUAAAAUUUUAAUACAGGGCUCUGUUGUGGAUGAUUUACUGCAGGACACAGCCUCUAGUGGACAGUGGAGGAACUGCAGCUUUGCUGUAUUAGCUGUGUCUGCAUCAGAGGUGUUCUGGGGUGCCUGGCCUGUUUUUUUACUGUCUGUUCGUCUUUAGUUGGUUCUUUAAAGGUGUGAGCAGGAAAGACGCUGAGCGGCAGCUACUUGCCCCGGGGAACAAGGUGGGAUCCUUCAUGAUCCGAGACAGCGAGACGACCAAAGGUGAGAGGAGAUGCAAGUUAAAGUGCUCGUUUUUGCUUGAAUCUAGAGUUCAGCCUUUAAUUCAGGUUGAUUUAAUUGUAUGUCUUUUUUGUUAAUUCACACCUGUGUACAAAUAAAUCUCCCGAUGUUAACCUGCUUUUCUCUCUCGCAGGAAGUUACUCUCUGUCUGUACGGGACAGUGACGGUCGCUCUGCUGACACAGUCAAACAUUAUAAGAUCAGGACCCUGGACAAUGGAGGAUUUUACAUCUCUCCACGAAACACCUUCGGCAACCUGCAGGAGCUGGUCGCCCAUUACAAGAGUGAGUUGACUGAAACCUACCAGUCUACCAAAGUGCUUUCCAGUAAAGAAAGGCAAAAACAACAAAAGCCUAAUACAUAUGAAAACAUAAACUGAGGAGUUUAACUCUUCAAACUCUUCUAAUGCUCAGAAAAGAAGCAAACACAGAGAGGGAGGAUGCUGCUUUAGAUCAGAGCAGGUGCACAUACAGAGACUACUGCCCUCAAUGCACCAGUUACAGGACUGAUCCCUGAUCCUCACAUGAUUUGCUACAUGUCAUUCCUCUCUCUUUAACACGGCACAAAUCAAUGCUGAGCCCUGUUGACAUUGAUUUAACAAAAAGGCCUAAAGCAAAGAUUUAUCCAGAGGCUGUGCAGACUUCAGGGUAAUGCAGCAUUUGGAAAUACUCUGAUUAAUAAAACAGCAAGAAAAAUGAUCAAUAAUGUUAAUAUUAUUUUAAUUAACUGAGGGGGUUUUUGAUCCAGCAUGUCAUGCUUUUAAAAGGCGCCCAGUCUAAAUGGAAUAAAAACAGAAAAUAGUAACAACAUCAUGUAAAAUGAUGGGAAAAUCACACAAAUCCUGAACUAAAUUGCUUUUACACUCCUCUCACCACUUUAAUAAUAAAUCUUUGAGUUUAAAUAACCAGACUUGCUCCCAGUCUGUUUUUCAUAAAUCUGCUGGCACAUGUUUUCAGUGUUUAAAGAAAAUCUUGACAAAAAAGUCUCAAUAUUUGUGUUUUUGUUUGAUAGAAUUUCUCUGUUUUUUUUUAUUAAAUAUCAGUUUCUUUCAGACUUUUAGAUUAAGUUUCACAGAUUUUAUAAAUGUGGAGAAUUUUGAGAUAACAUAAAAUUGCUGAUAUUGUUGCUCCACUUUUCAACAACAGCACCCUCCGCAGGACAGCAUUAAAAUAUCAGCCAGUCGCAUUUGCAAACACCAUCAGUCUCAUUACUGUGUUGCAGAAGUACUUUAGAUGUAAAACAGAUUUAAAGCUCUUUGUGUCCAUCCUGCAUGAAAAAGAGGAACUCUUCAAAAUCCUGCUUUAUCAACUUUGUGUUUGUGUGUGUGUGUUUCAGAGCAGGGAGACGGCCUCUGUCAGACCCUAACCAGUCCUUGCCUGAGUCCUAAACCUGAGAAACCCUGGGAGAAAGACGCCUGGGAGAUUCCCCGGUCCUCCCUCAAACUGGACAAAAGACUGGGAGCAGGACAGUUCGGAGAAGUCUGGAUGGGUGAGGCAGACCUCCAUGAUGUUUAGACUCCUGUUAUCAAUGACUGAGUGAAUAUUAUUUAACUUUUAACCUCCUUAUUUUUGUGUGAAGCCACGUACAACAAGCACACCAAGGUGGCGGUGAAGACGAUGAAGCCGGGCAGCAUGUCGGUGGAAGCCUUCAUGGCUGAAGCGAACCUGAUGAAGACUCUGCAGCAUGACAAGCUGGUCCGCCUUAACGCAGUGGUCACCAAAGAAGAACCUAUUUAUAUCAUCACAGAGUACAUGGAGAAGGGUCAGAGUCUGCUGCUCACAUAUUAUACCCUGUGUUUAUAUCAGUUUAAUGAGAAUAACACCUGAUUCAGGAUUUGUCACAGAGCAAGUGUGCACACUUUUCAGUGUGUGUUGAUGUGUGUAUGUGUGUGUGUCUGCAGGUAGUUUAUUAGACUUCUUAAAGAGUGAUGAAGGAAACCGUGUCCAGCUGCCGAAGCUGAUUGAUUUCUCUGCUCAGGUGAGAUUCACUCAUUCAUCUGUUCACCUUUAACAGCAGCUCUCCGGUAACACACUGAUGGAUCUAUCUCUCUGACUGUCUGUCUGACAUCUAUCAGUACUAAAUCUGCAGUUAACAGUCUGUAAAACCUUCAGUUAGGAAAUUACAUAAUUGAAAAUCUGUACCAUCAAAUAUUCAAACCCUGCUCAGCACAGAGAUAAGACUUGAUCUCCAUUUUCCUCAGUGUCAGCAGAGAGGAAGAGGAGCUCAGGUCUUUGUGUUCAAUCAUAAUGAUGACAGACAAACUCUGAAUCGGUAUCUGGUCUUUAACAAAGAGCUGCUGUCUGACAAACAGACUGGAUAUUCUGGACAAGGAAGCACAUUCACCUGCACAGGUGAAAUAAUCCAGCUGCGUGGCCGCGGCCCGCACAGAGACCUGUAGAUCCAGUCUGACCUGCACAGUAACAUCAGCUCAGAGCUGUAGAUACAAAUACACCCAUCAGCCUGCUGUUUGAAGUUACCCUGUCAAAUAUUAAAGACAUGAUGAGGAGGAUCUGAUCAUCAAAAUGAACAGAUUUCAGGUUUUCUAACUGCAGUAAUGUUGGAGAUAUUACAAAAAAGUCUGUCAGGUUAAAAGCUAAAAGGAAAGAGAGACAGUAAGUGACUUCAGGUUUCCUUCUGACUGCCACUGACUGUGUGUAUGUUUCCUGUGGAGAUAAGACUCUACAGUCACAAGAGCUUUACUUAAGCUCAGCUCUGAAUGCGCUCAGUGACGUACAUGACUUGUUAAAGUUAGAGACUGGUAGUGUAGUGCACUUACAAUCAUGUUUUCCAGGCUGCUGUGGAAACACAGAACAAUCGGCCACAGGAACCUUGAGGAGAAGUUCCAGGGACAAAAAGUUCCUGAGACUUUUGGUAUUUCAUGCCCUUUUUGCCUUGAUUUGACAGAGCAGCUGAAGAAAAAUAGAAAGUUUCUGAUCUAAAGAGUUUGAGAUGACAUGCAGAAAAGGGAAAAAGCAGGAAUAAACCCACAGCCAUGUUAACGGUCUCACUAUAGACUCUGUAUACUUUAACUCAGUGGUGGAUUUAUUCAUUUGGGGCCUAGAGUUAACGUUGAUAAAGUGGCCCUCUACAGGUUUUCGUCUAAUGUCUUUUUGAACAUGUUAUUAUCAGCCUUUAGGGGUAUUAAAUCCUCAUUUUCCUCACACUUUCUCCUCUUUUCCUGCUCUGGUGGAAGAACUUUGCCUCUCUAGAAUCUCUAGUAGUUCUCCUUAGUAACAUCCAUGAAUCCCACACAUGUGCACUUUUUCCAUGAGUCUUAGUCUCUCUCACCAGAGAUGCACAGAGAAGCUUUAAAGAGACGUGUACGGCCUGUCCACCUAAGUGCCACAUCAUCACCUGUUUCUUCUGCUGAAUUUUUUUUCCGUGUAGGCUUUUCAAAAAUGUAAUUACAAAACAUUAAAAAAUACAUUUUGAAUAAGUAAAGAGCUAAUUUUAUUUAAAGUUUAAGUUAAAUGUUGUUAAAUGUUGUUACACUGACGUCUGGUCUGACUGUUUUUCUUUUUUCUUACCAUGUGCUCAGACUGCGGAGGGGAUGGCCUACAUCGAGCAGAGGAACUACAUCCACAGAGACUUGAGAGCUGCAAACAUCCUUGUCAACAAAUCUCUGGUCUGCAAGAUUGCAGACUUUGGCCUGGCCCGAAUUAUCGAGGACAAUGAGUACACAGCCAGAGAGGGUAAGAGCGCAUGUUUGCUGUAACACCUGAGACUCAGGUGUCAACAGAGGAAUGAUAUUAACUCUGCUGGACUGAUGAAGCAUGAGUCAGAGAAAUGUCAGAUAACAACAUCAGUCUGUGAAACUAAAAGAGGAUCAGGGCAGAAGGGCGAGAGUCUGAGAGAGGAACCAACGAUGACUGAGUCUCUGUUUUUCCUCUUUAACCAGGAGCUAAAUUCCCCAUCAAAUGGACAGCUCCAGAGGCUAUCAACUAUGGCUCCUUCACCAUCAAGUCUGAUGUCUGGUCUUUCGGCAUUCUGCUCACUGAGAUCAUCAGCUAUGGGCGCACUCCAUACCCGGGUAAGUGGCUCUCCGUUUUAACGAUACAAAAUGUGAGUUUAGUUCUGUUAUUUCUCAAACUCCUGAAUUCUUCUGCACCACAUGGCCUUUCUCAAAGAUAUUCAGUGGUGGGGUUACUGCAGACAGGUAUGAAUUUGAAUAUUGCUGAUGUUUGAGGAAAGGACAGACACGCCUAGCAAAGCUGAGCCCCAUCCAAGUAAAAUAUGCUUAGUCAGGUUUGAUGUCAACAGAGACUAAAGAAAGUGAACAGAUGGAUAAAGAGAGAGGGACAAAGAGUCAUGUCUGUUAGAGCUCUAUAGCUGGCAGUAAACCAUGAACAGCACCACACAGAAUCCAGCUGGGGUUAUGACUGUCCAAAAAGUCUCUGAACUAAAACACUCGCCCCUGUUUUUCAGGUAUGACCAACCCUGAGGUGAUCCGCUCUCUGGAGAAGGGUUACAGGAUGCAGCGUCUGGACAGCUGUCCCACUGAACUCUAUGAAAUCAUGCUGGAGUGCUGGAAGAACAAACCCGAGGACCGGCCCACCUUCGACUACCUGCAGAGUGUCCUGGAAGAUUUCUACACAGCCACAGAGAGCCAGUACCAGCAGCAGCCAUGA